ACGAACAUGCAAGCGAACUUGGGCUUACUUGUGCGUGGGCUACUACUUCUGGCAUUUGUGACGACGACAGCCUCGCUGACGCCUCCGGUGCUUGAGAAGCGCCCAAAGAAUGUACCGUUUGGCAAAGUCCCGGGCGAAAACCGCGGCAAGCAGCCGAUGGAACCGGUCAUCUACCUCGAAGAUCCGUACUAUUACGUUCGCGACGACAAUCGCUCCAACACGGAAAUCUUGGAUCACUUGAAGGCCGAAAAUGCUUACACGAAGGCGGCGUUGAGUCACUUGGACAGUCUACAGGAUGAGUUGUACAAGGAGUUGCUUAGCCACGUGCAGGAAACCGACCAGAACGUGCCGUACCCCCACGGCGACUUUGUGUACUACUCGGGCACGGAAGAAGGCAAGGCGUACCGCAUCCACUACCGCAAGCCUCGUCAUGGUGAUGGCGCCGAGGAAAUCUUGCUUGACGUCAACAAAUUGGCGGAAGGCCACGCGCAAUGUAGCGUCCGCAGAGUCGAAGUGAGUCCUGACCACAAGUUGCUCGCGUACUCGGUGGACUUUACGGGCUACGAAACGUACGACAUUUAUAUCAAGGAUUUGGCCACCAACACCAUAAACAAGGCCGUGGAAGGGUGCGAUGGCAGGAUCGUGUGGGGUCGGGACGCCGAGACGCUGUUUUAUGUGACGAAGGACGCCGCCCAACGCAGCCACAAGGUGUGGUCGCAUCUGGUGGGCGCGCCUCAGUCGGAUGACACGACUCUAUUCACCGAGGACGACGAGAUUUUCUCCGCCGGCGUGUUCAAAACCAGCUCUGGCCGGUUCCUUGUCAUUCCGACGUCGUCCAAAGAGACCAGCGAAGUGCGCGUGCUCGAUUUGCACGACCCCCAACCGUCCUUGGCUGUCGUCGCCCCACGUGUUCAG